AUGGAGCAGCAAGAACACAAGGCGCCUGCGGGCCACUAUUCUGGCACCAACAGGAUUCCCAACAUCAAGCAGUUCAUGGAGGGCCUGGACAAGGAUAAGAGGGAGCGAGACGCCAAGAUCGAUGCCGAACAGAAGCAGCACAAAACCGGCGAGGGCGAGGUCAAGGCUCACCACACCGAGAAGCCCAAGGGAAGAAACCGCAGGACAGUCCGCGAUCCAGUCACUGGCAAGGACGUCGAGAUCGAUGAUAUUGGCCCAGAGAUGGUGAAGGCUGUUGAUGACCCCCAUCUCUUCGUGCCAAACGCCAAUCUGGGCAAGGAGACCACCGUCAAGACGGAACCUACCCAGUCUGGCGAGGAGUACCGGCGCAACCAGGACAUCACAGCACCGCCGGACCCAGUCGAACCUGGCACGACGAGCGACGUGCCCAUUCACGGCGAGAAGACCAACGUGCUCUUCCACCCGACCCCGUCCGUCAGCUACGAGCCCAUGUACGCCGCCCUCGAGGCCAGGGCAAAUGUCCUAUGUGCCGGCAUUUUCUUCGCCAUCGCCUUCAUCGGCAAAAUCCUGGGUGGCUCGCUGUGGGGACUGGUUCCUCUGGGGUUCUGCGUCGCCUCGGGAGUCUUCCUCUGGGUCAAGGAUCUUAUCCGCCAGGGCCGUGAUGUCGAAUGGUCAAGCGAACAGCAGCGUGGCGAGACUGCGGUCAUCAACCUCAUCCCUGAGUCUGUUGAGUGGAUGAACACCGCCAUCGGUCUGAUCUGGGGGUUGAUUAACCCAGACAUGUUUGCUGCUGUUGCGGAUACCUUGGAAGACGUCAUGCAAGCAAGCGUUCCGGGUGUCAUUGAAAAUGUCAAAGUCAACGAUAUCUCGCAAGGCAGCAACCCCAUAAGAGUCUUGAGUCUGCGUGCUCUCCCGGACAGCCACGUACAGGACCUGAAAGACGAGAUCCGCAAGCAAGACGAGAAGACCAAGGACCCCCAAGAACUAGCAGCUGACGAAGAAGGGGGUGAUUUCUACAACCUCGAAGCAACCAUCGCCUACCACUCACUGCCGUCCGGGGCGGACGUGUCUUCCAAGGCCAAAAACAUGGGCAUGCAACUGGUAUUCUAUCUGGGCUUGAAAGGCCUCUUUGGAGUACCGUUUCCCAUCUGGGUUGAACUCAAUGGCCUGGUCUGCACCGCCCGUAUCCGCGUGGCCCUUGCCCCUAACCCACCGUUCAUCAAGACACUCAGCGUGACCCUUAUGGGCCUGCCCAAGGUCGAGGCCAGUUGCAUACCGCUGAUCGAGAAGGGCGCGAACGUUCUCAACCUUCCCCUUAUCUCCAAUUUUGUGAACUGGGCCAUCGCAACCGCGGCUGGCAUGUACGUUGCCCCCAAGUCACUAACCCUUGAUAUCGGCAAGAUGUUAUCAGGUGACGAUAUCACCAAAGAGACCCAGGCCCUUGGCGUUCUCUUUAUUCGUAUCCACAAGGCUACUGGUCUCUCAAAGCAGGAUCGCAGAGGCAGCGAAGGUGGCGGGUCCGAUCCCUAUAUUUGCGUCGCGUUUUCCAAGUUCGGCAAGCCCCAGUACUGUACGCGUGUUAUCCAGGAUAACCUCGAUCCGAUCUUCUCUGAGUGCGCCGCUCUUCUCGUCACCCCUGACAUCAUCAAGGCGGACGAGCAGCUUUCGUUGGAGCUCUGGGACAGUGACAGGUCCUCCGCGGAUGAUGUUGUGGGGAAGGUCGAGCUAAGUAUCCAGAAACUCAUUCAACACCCAGGCAAAAUGUUUCCUCAGAAGUCGACUCUCAGAGGCACCAAAGCAGAAAGCACAAUGCCGGGCACGCUGUCUUGGGAAGUCGGCUUUUUCGGCAAGACCCAGUACCGCAAGGCUCUUCGGACUGACGGCAAGGAUCCCAACCUCCCGAAGGAACUGCAGGAUAAGAAGGAGCUACAGCAGGACGUCGGCUCUCUGGAUACCGCUAACGAAGACGCCGUCGUGCAUACACCCCCUGACCCUCUUUGGCCAAGCGGAAUUGUGAGCGUCGUUGUCCAUCAAAUCGUCAAUCUCGAACUUGAGAACGUCAAGGGGUCACAGGGCAAGAGGAAGGGACGUGAAUUCGAGCCUGCCAGGCCCGAAGCUGGGGACAUCAAGGAGGAGACGGGAAAGAAACUACCGAGCUCGUACUGCACGAUUCUUAUCAACGAUGAACUCGCAUACAAGACCCGCACCAAGGUGGUGUCAUCAAAACCCAUCUUCGAAGCUGGAACAGAGCGAUUCAUCCGGGACUGGAGAGCUGCCAUUAUCACUGUCACUGUGCGAGACUCGCGCAACCGUCAGCACGAUCCGAUCAUUGGAGUGGUCCCGCUGAAAUUGUCCGACAUCCUCCUGACUAGCAGUCAGAGCACACGAUGGUAUCCCCUCGACGGCGGCAUCGGCUUUGGACGUGUCCGCAUUUCGCUCCUUUUCCGCUCUGUCGACCUCAGGUUGCCACCUCAGCAGCUCGGCUUCGGCGAAAUUGGAACCUUCGAAUUCCUCUCAGACAAGCUCACCGCCGUCAAUUACGACGGAAAUUCUCGUACAAAGUUAAAGCUCCGCACCGGAGGAAGUUCCGCCGUGAUCAAGAGCGAGAAAUGCAGCCAGGCAGAAGAUGGCAGCCUCGUUUGGGAUAUCACUGAGUCUCAGCCCAGAAGAAACGACGAUGGAACUACUACCAACGUAGAAGGUCACAUUCGACUUCCUGUUCGGUAUCGCUACCGCUCACCUGUCUUUUUCGAAUUCCACCCGACCGGGAAACGGCACACCGACACCUAUGCUUCUGUAUGGUUGCAAGAUCUCAUCGAUCUCGAAGAGAAGGACUUCGAUAUCCCUAUCUGGCGGUGCAACAACGGCACCCGCCUGAGCCAAAACUACAUCACCGAGGCCAACUACAAAGAUGUUCCCAAUCUGAAUAUCGAGGAGAUUGGACGGCUUAGAUUCCGGGGAAGGUUCAAGCCGGGAACUGACCGCGACCAUCUCAAGUUUGUAAGUGAUAACGACUCCCGCGAGACGAUCGAGAGCUGGGAAGCGUGCUACGCCGAGGGCGUGAGGAAGGAGCUCGUCGUCGCAGAGGUGCCGCCGAGCAUUCAGAAGCUGCACGAUGCCAGCCUCACGCAGGGGCGAGACGUCCUCGCCCAGGCGGACGAGAAAGACAAAGAGAAGUGGCUCUCCAGGGACGGCACCGACUGGAGCGGUGCCUUCGGCAAGGACCCCGUGGAGACCAUGGGCAAGAGCCGCGGCGCCGACGAGGGCUCGGACACCGACGAGUACGAGUACGACGACGAGGACUCGAGCAACCCCGACCUGGGCAUCGCAGAUGCCACCACCGAUCCUUCCAUCUACAGCGGUGGGGACGCCACCGGUGAGCAGUCGAGCACGGGCGCGCGCCAGUCGGUGGAUAGCGGGCACGGCAGCCAGCUGUCGCCUCAGUCGACCAAGAGCAGCAGCGGCAAGUCCUCCAGCAGCAAGAACCCCAUCAAGGCGCUGAAGGACUACAACACGCGGAGUAGGGACCUGCACCGUCAACACCGGGGACUAAUGCAAUGGAAACCCAUGCGAAAUGUCCAAUUCGCCAAGAACGAGGCUACCUUCGCAGUUCGUCGGAUCACCAAGGUCGGAUCCCUGAGCGGUCGGAAGCCUGAUGUUGAGACGGAGGUAUGA